CUAUAGCAUCUUUAGAGUCCUCUUUCAGCAAACCCACACAAUGAUCCUUUCAUCUAUUUCCUAUUUGAACAUUGCAACUUGAAGGCCAUACAAUUGCUCUUGAGGACACAACAUUAUUUAACAUUCACUAUUUUAGUAGAUGAAAUUAAUGUGACUCUCAUAUCUUAAAAAUAUAUUUUUGCAUUUUUUAUGAAUUUUGCUAACGUGUAUUCUAAGAACAUAUGUUAAGAAACUCCUAAUUGAAUUGUUAUCUUAAAAAAUACAAUAAUUUAAUUUUCCAAAAAUUGCAUUCACAACAAUCCAGGUUUGAUUUUGUUAAAAAUAAAAAUCCAGGUUUGAUUGAUGUCCAAGGGCAUUUUGGUCAAAACAACCUCGUUAUCAUCAAUCAUGUAUCAUCAUAUAAUGAUCAUGAUGAUAGUAAUAAUCUAAGACACAUGUGAGAUACAGAAAAACAAAACAAGAGAAUCAAACAAAGAAAAAUGGAAAGUGUUAGUAACAUUGGUUUUUCUUCAACAUUCAGAGUUUCUUUGGAAACACAACUACUUACAAACCAGAGGAAACACAAAUCUCCAUGCACUUUUAUGGUUCCUUUCAACUACUCUGUUAGGAAGAACAAAAUCUGUUGUAAACUUUCAGAAAGUGGGAUUGAAGAGAACCCUACCACCAAAAGGGUAUCUAAAUCUAAGGACAUGAUGGAAGAAUACAAUAUAGCUAUGAAGAAGAUGAUGAGAAACCCUUAUGAGUAUCAUCAUGAUCUGGGUAUGAAUUAUAACGUUAUAACUGACAAUUUGAUUGUCGGAUCCCAACCACAGAAACCUGAAGAUGUAGAUCACCUUAAGAAGGAAGAAGGUGUGGCAUACAUUCUAAACUUGCAACAGGAUAAGGAUGCUGAGUUUUGGGGAAUAGACUUACAGUCAAUAGUAAGAAGGAGUCGCGAACUUGAAAUUAGACACAUGAGGAGACCGGCAGUAGACUUUGAUCCAAACUCUUUGCGAAGUGCGCUACCUAAAGCAGUUUCAUCUUUGGAAUGGGCAAUUUCUGAGGGAAAAGGAAGAGUUUAUGUGCAUUGUACUGCAGGACUUGGAAGAGCUCCAGCAGUUGCAAUUGCUUAUUUGUUCUGGUUUUCUGACAUGAAUCUAAAUGCAGCCUAUGAUCUGCUAACUUCAAAGAGACCUUGUGGACCAAAUAAAAAAGCGAUACGUGGAGCUACUUAUGAUUUGGCUAAGAAUGAUCCAUGGAAGGAGCCAUUUGAGAGUCUUCCAGACCAUGCUUUUGGGGAUAUAGCAGACUGGGAGAGGAACCUGAUUCAAGACCGUGUCCGUGCUCUUCGUGGAACUUGACAAAUUAGGUUAAUGCUUAUGGAUAUUCCUACACAAGUUGUUGUCCUUGCAUGAUUGGUGCAAAUUGCCAUAAUAGUGCUCAAAACUGGAGACAUUUUGAAGCAUAUUUAUACAGAUAUAUAGGUAUAUUGCCUGUAACUGGUACAAAAUAUUCCAUGUAUUAUUGAUUGGAAAAUAAAUCAACUUUGUGGCUAUGUAGUAUGUAUCAUGAUUGUAGAAGGUAGAUUAGUAAAUAAUAUUUGAGCCUUCCUCUUCCAGUGGUUUUAGUUCACAAUAGAAACUAUCUAUAAAAAUAUAUCUCUUUCUUUGAAA